GGGACUUCCGGAGGGGAAACAAAGUAGUCUCUCAUGCUCAGGGAAAGAGGAAAGAACUCUUUCUCCUUUUCGUUGAGAGACCCGUCCAGAGACACGGUUCUUCGGGCUGCAGAGUCAGUCAGCCACUAUGUCUCUGGGAUACGCCGAGAGGCUUUCGUUCAUUGAAGAUGUCGGCAACGUUGGAAUGAAGGAAUACUUCGACUCAACUCACGCUUUGCGAGAAAAAACAGAACGACUUGCUAUGCUAAUAAAAAAGUGUAAGCAUCUAGUCGUGUUUACAGGCGCAGGAAUAUCAACUUCUUGUGGUAUACCUGAUUUUCGAGGUCCAAAGGGAAUUUGGACACUUCAGCGUGAAGGCAAAGCAUUGCCUGAAGCAUCACUUCCAUUUCAUCGUGCAGUGCCAAGCUUAACACAUAUGGCUUUAAUCGCCCUAGAAAAGGCUGGUAUUCUAAAGUUUGUUAUCAGUCAGAAUGUAGAUGGUCUCCAUCUUCGAUCUGGAAUUCCAAGGGAGAAACUGGCUGAAUUGCAUGGGAACUCUUUCAUGGAAACUUGUCCUUCUUGUGGAGCUGAGUACUUUCGAGAUUUUGAGGUGGAAACUAUUGGUUUGAAGGAGACAUCACGGCACUGUUCAGAUACAAAAUGUGGAUCAAGACUGAAGGAUACAGUUCUUGACUGGGAGGAUGCUCUGCCUCCAAACGAGAUGGAUGCUGCUGAGAAGCACUGUAGGAUGGCAGAUAUUGUGUUGUGCUUGGGGACAAGUCUACAAAUUACUCCAGCAUGCAAUCUGCCUCUAAAAGCACUUCGUGGUGGGGGUAAAGUUGUCAUUGUCAAUCUCCAGAAGACUCCCAAGGAUAAAAAGGCUUGUUUGGUCAUCCAUGGGCUAGUAGACAAGGUAAUUGCAGGUGUUAUGGAAUUGCUGGAUCUGCAGAUUCCUCCAUUUGUCAGAAUUGAUCUUUUCCAAAUCAUUCUAACUCGAGCCUUGAGCAUUGAUGGAAGAUAUGUGAACUGGACUCUACAGGUUGCAAGUGCUCAUGGACCAAAAGCAGUGUUGCCAUUCAUUAAGUCUGUGGAGGUCUCCUUCUUGGACAAGGAAGAUUACAAAGCCGCCACACUAACAACACAACCAUUUCGGCUUAAAAGGAGAACAAUUCCCAGCAAAGCCUUUGAAAUGGUUUUGAAACUCAACUUCAGUGAUGGCUGUGGCUGCUCUUCCAUUGAAAUUGACGUCCCAGUCGAUUUUCAGGUUUCAAUUGACUGUUUCAACUUUGAUAAAGAUGUUGUGUUCCAAAAGCUGAGAGACAAAGCAAUUGGGGAAUCAAAAUGUGGGCAGAUUGCUGUUGUUGAGAGAAAGGCAAUCCCGAAACCAAGAAGUGAUAUCACUGUUCAUGCCAUUGUGACCAAUGUUAUUCAGUACAGCCAAACAUGUAAAGCAUUUCCUGAUUUUCUUACCAAUGGUGACCUUAAAAACAGCGUGUCUAGUAUAAAUGGUACAGAAUCAUCUAGGAAGCGUUCAAAAAGAUCUAAGAAGCGUAAAUCCAGAUUAUAGAUUCCUAGGGACUAGGUAUAGUUUUGUAUAUGCAUAAUGCAUUAGAACUGACACAAAUGGUUAUAUGUAAAGGCUGGGUGAAUUUUGUUAGAUAUUGCACUCAGUCUUUCCUUUCGUGGCUGAGUAAAUGGCGUCCAUGUUGUCAAAGUUUAUCAA